UCGACCCAACGACCAAAAAUAAAGCCUUUAAGCGCUAUGGAGUUUGAAAUGCAUAUAAUAGUCUACACUCCAACCACCCUGAACAUAACCUCAAUAUUGAACAUACAGCAUCUGCUUUCUUUCAUACUCUUAACAUGGCCGACUCUGCUCCUGCUUUCAAGACACCGAUGGUGCAGAAAAGUGUCCAAGAAUUAGUCCUCAAUGGCGAUGAACUUCCAGAAAAAUAUAUUCGAAAGGACAGGAAGGGUGGAGACUUGGAUGUUCCAUUGGUGGAGAUUCCAGUUGUCAAUCUUGGUCUGCUCUCAUCUUUGCCAACCAGCAAAGAAGAGCUGCAGAAACUUCGAUCAGCUCUAAGCACAUGGGGCUGCUUUCAGGUAAUCAACCAUGGUAUGACACCAUCAUUUCUAGAUGAAGUUCGUGAUGUUACGAAGCAAUUUUUUGCACUUCCAAUGGAAGAGAAGCGAAAAUACUCCAGAGAAGCUGAUGGCAUAGAAGGCUAUGGAAAUGACAUGAUCCUUUCAGAGGAACAAAUACUUGAUUGGACCGACCGAUUGUAUAUUACGUUAAAUCCAGAACAGCGAAGGCUCAAGUUUUGGCCUGAAAAUCCCAAAGCUUUUAGGGAUAUUCUAAAUGAUUAUACUAUCAAGUUGAACAUGGUGACUGAAAUCAUCCUUACGGCCAUGGCAAGGUCACUGGACUUGGAGGAUAACUGCUUUUUAGACCAAUAUGGAAAAGAAGCAACAAUGACUGCAAGAUUCAACUACUAUCCAAAAUGUCCAAGGCCGGAUCUUGUACUAGGGGUCAAAGAGCACGCAGAUGCAUCAGCAAUCACAUUUCUCUUGCAAGACAAAGAAGUGGAAGGUCUUCAAUUCCAGAAAGACAAUCAGUGGUUUAAAGUUCCAAUCAUUCCUGAGGCUCUUCUCAUUAAUGUUGGUGAUCAAGCAGAGAUGAUGAGCAACGGAAUUUUCAAGAGCCCAGUACACAAAGUGGUGACAAACUCAGAAAGGGAGAGGAUUUCUUUGGCUGUGUUCUGCCUUCCUGGAUUAAAUGAAGAGAUUGGACCAAUUGAUAGGUUGGUUGAUGAAUCAAGGCCAAGAUUAUACAACAAGGUGAAAAACUACGUGAGUAUUUAUUUCGAGUACUACCAGCAAGGAAAGAGACCAAUUGAAGCAGUGAAAAUUUAAUUUUUGGUAUCAUUCUUUCUUGUGGUGUGCAUCAGUGCAUUUGAAAAUGAUUGCAUCAGAUUCAACAGACAAUGUUACCAGGUUGAAAGCAGUUUUUCUGAAGCAAUGUAAUAAAUCCUUGAGCAUCUGUGCAAGAAGUCAAGGAAGAUUCAUAUAAUCAUUCUGAUUUCAUAAGUCGAUAGCAUUGGACAGUUUUCCAUUGUC